GUAUUGCGACAGUUUGGGUUUGAGCAUGUCGUUCCACGGCCUAUCGACACUUAUGUUGAGCUGCAUAGGCUGGAUAGGCGUGGGAAACAUACAGAGGAUUGGGCACUCAGACAUAUCCGAUACGUGACUAUGUGGGAAAGGAGAGCUGAGCUAGUUGUGGCUGGGACACCGACAUAUGUGCCAUCUGUUUCAGGAGACUACAUGGGAUGGUAUUACAACAUCACUCGUUUGUUUGUGUCUCCUUCGUUCAGACUCCCUACUCAUCAUUAUCAGCCUAGCUCCUUGGCUUUGCAUCUUACGACACGAGCUUUGCAGCACAUACAUCAGCAGGCUACUGCCACAGUGACUGAUAGUCAUGAUGUGGACAUGUAUGGACAGGCUCUGACAGGCAUUGCGUCCUUGUGUUCAGAUGUGUUGGGGCGAGUCGACUACGGCCAUCUUAUACACAUGCCCCCAUCUCAGGAGAUGUCAUCCACGUCUAGUGCAGCGGCUUCUUCAUCAUCCCAGACGCAGCAUGAGAGAGUGGUUCUCCAACCACGACAGCGGCGUAGGCGUAGACAUGAGCAGCAACAUCUCCAUGACGAAGCUG